UUGGGUGCAUAGAAAAUUUCAAGAAGGCGAAGACUAAGUCUGUUUCAAUUUUCAGAUUGGAUUGGAAUUUAGACCAGAUUUUAAAGAUUGCGAAUGUUUUUUAUUAAAAAUAUAUAGUGAUAUGUAUUUGCAUAUGAUUUGUGAUUGAUUUAAAUGGAAAGGUAUGACUUGUACUGUUGCAGUUAUGAUAUUAAAAGAACAACAUCAAGAGGGAAUAAAUUAACGUCUUCGUAUCAAGUGUGGUAGAAAAGGCGUUUAUGUAUUUUUCAACUAUUGGAGACAGGAAUCGUGAAGGUGCAGUAAAAACAACAUUACAAGAAAUAUUAGAAAUCGUAAGCACCUUCUCUGAGGAAAAUAACAUGAACAACGAUGCCACCUGCACGUCCUGGAAGUCUUAAGGAUCCGGAAAUUGCCGAUCUUUUUUAUAAACAUGAUCCAGAAAAAAUAUUCGAGGACUUGCGUGAAAUUGGUCAUGGCUCGUUUGGCGCUGUUUAUUAUGCGCGAUGCAAUCUUACCAAAGAAAUCGUGGCCAUUAAAAAGAUGUCCUUUUUGGGCAAACAGAGCCUUGAAAAAUGGCAGGAUAUUCUUAAAGAAAUCAGAUUUCUUCGUCAAUUGAAUCAUCCGAAUACCAUAGAAUACAAGGGCUGUUAUCUACGUGAAUCAACAGCGUGGUUGGUAAUGGAAUAUUGUGUUGGCUCGGCUUCAGAUAUUAUUGAAGUACAUAAGAAGCCUUUACACGAGGACGAAAUCGCUGCGAUAUGUGAUGGCGUUCUGAACGGCUUAAGUUACUUACACAGUUUGGGGCGCAUACAUAGAGAUAUAAAAGCGGGCAAUAUUCUUCUCACAGAUAAUGGUAUUGUUAAAUUGGCGGAUUUCGGUAGCGCUGCUAUUAAGUGUCCAGCUAACAGUUUUGUGGGCACUCCGUAUUGGAUGGCCCCGGAAGUGAUUCUAGCUAUGGAUGAGGGUCAGUAUGAUGGUAAAGUUGAUGUGUGGUCCUUGGGUAUUACUUGCAUUGAAUUGGCUGAACGGAAACCACCAUAUUUUAACAUGAAUGCAAUGUCUGCUCUUUAUCACAUUGCUCAAAAUGAUUCUCCAAAUUUAUCCAAAAAUGAAUGGUCAGAUACAUUUUGCAAUUUUGUUGAAUUGUGUCUAAAAAAAAUGCCUGUGGAGCGACCUUCGUCAACGAAAUUGCUAAAACACGAAUUUUUGACACAGCCACGUUCAGACAUUGUGUUGCUGGAAUUGAUAGCUCGUACAAAAGCUGCAGUACGUGAAUUAGAUAAUUUAAAUUAUCGUAAAAUGAAAAAAAUACUAAUGGUCGAUACCUGCGAGACUGAGAGCGCCAUAGGCGAUACGGACGAUACACAGGAUGAGCAUGCUGGCGGUGAUAGCAGCAAGAGUAAUAGUAUUACUUCAGAACACUCCAUACAUUCGGUGGGUGUGUCGGCGGCCAGUAGUCAAGUAAGCUCUUCGUCGAAUUCUAUUCCCACCACUCAAAAUCACAUAUUGACACAACAGCAGCAUAUUGCUGUGAAUUAUCAGCAACAAGCAGCUGCUGCGGCAGCGGCAGCGGCGGCGGCGGCGGCGGCGGCGGCUGCAAGUGGAGUUGCGGCACGAAAUUCAUCACGACAAAGAAAUCUGCCGCCACUACCUAAUAUAAUGCACAAUAUGAACAAUAAUGUUACACCAACAAAUUCGACUUCCGUUGUACCAGCACCUAUGAUGCCUGUAUCGUCCGCAAGUCAUUCAGCAGGAGGGGGUUCCCCUGCUGCUACAGCGAAUAUGGGAACAGGCAUGUUAUCUCAAGCAAGCGGUGUUUGCGUGGGCAGUGCGGGUGGUGCUGGCGAUCGAAUGCCUCGCUAUUUGUCAUCACCUGCCGCCGCAGCCGCAGUAUAUGCUGCAUCGUCACAGCAAGCCAUCUCUAAUGCCGUCAAUGAGCAUGGACCUAACAAUUUUGCCACUAUUCGGACUACAAGUAUUGUAACAAAGCAACAGAAAGAACAUAUGCAGGAGGAAAUGCAUGAACAAAUGUCUGGCUAUAAACGAAUGCGUCGCGAGCAUCAAGCUGCGUUACUGAAGCUCGAAGAGAGGUGUAAAUUGGAAAUGGAGGCUCAUAAGGGAGCAUUAGAUAAGGAAUACGAUAAUCUGUUAUACAACUUCACACGGGAAUUGGAGCGCUUAGAGGCGAAGCAUCAGCAAGACUUAGAACGUCGUCAAAAGCAAACAACCGCGGCGGAAAAGAAACUUUUCAAGGAGAUUUCUUUGAAACAGGAAAGUGAACGUAAAGCCUUUGAUUUAAAUCGCAAAAAGGAGUAUAAGGCAAAUAAAGAACGAUGGAAACGUGAACUAUCGAUGGAUGAAUCGACGCCGAAACGGCAACGUGACUUGACGUUGCAAUCACAGAAAGACAACUUGAAGCAAGCAGAAGCACAAGAGGAACAACGUUUGCUGAGAGUACAAAAACAGUAUAUCGACUUGGAAAUGCGGAAAUUUAGAAGAAGACGCCUAAUAUCUCUUCACGAGCUCGAAGACCAGUUAUUGCGUGAUGAAUUAAGCAAAAAGCAACAUCAGUUGGAGCAAGCGCAUGCUAUUCUGCUGAAACAUCAUGAAAAAACGCAGGAACUAGAAUAUCGUCAGCAAAAAAGUGUACAUCAGCUUCGCGAGGAGCAGAUAAACACUCAGCACGAUACGGAACUGAAGAAUCAAAAUGACUAUAUGGAGCGAGUUAAAAAAGAACUCCUGCGGAAACACGCUCUUGAAAUCAGACAACAUCCUAAAAGUUUAAAGCAAAAAGAACUGCAAAUCCGUAAACAAUUCCGCGAAACUUGCAAAACUCAGACAAAACAAUAUAAACGCUAUAAGGCACAAAUUCUCCAGACCACACCAAAAGAACAACAGAAGGAGGUUAUAAAACAAUUGAAGGAAGAGAAGCAUCGAAAAUUAACACUUCUCGGUGAACAGUACGAACAAAGCAUCGCUGACAUGUUCCAAAGUCAGAGUUACAAAUUGGAUGAGACCCAAGUGAUUGAGUGCCAUCGUACCAACGAGCAAUUAGAGUACGAACUUGAUGUGCUCACUGCCUACCAAAAUAAAAACAAGAAACAAGCUCAGGAGCAACGUGAUCGUGAGCGUAAAGAGUUGGAAAACAGAGUAAACGUUCGUAGAGGUUUACUGGAGAGCAAGAUGAAUGCGGAGUUACAGCAGUUCAAUCAAGAGCGAGCUGAACGUUUACGUAUCAAACAAGAAAAGCAUGCCAGAGAACUGGAAGCUUUCGAUCAGGAAUCGCUUGCGUUAGGUUUCAGCGCUCUAUCACUCAGCGAGGUGUCGCGUGAAACAUACCCCGACGAGGAGGGUAGCUUAUCAGGGUCCAUGAUCAGUUUAGCGCAUAGUAAUAGCUCUACAAGUUUUCCGGCUGGCUCCCUAUAGCAUAAAAACACUAAUAGGUAUAAAAACGGCAAUUUUAUUAAAACUAACAUAAUUUCAAUAACAAAGAAAGGAUUUCGUAAUUCUAGUGAUGAUGGUAAAAACCAAGUAAAAGAAGUAAUGUAAAAAAAGAAACCUAAAAAAUAUUAGAACUAAACACUAAUAAUAAUAACGAAUACAUUAAAGAAGAAGAAAGUAUGAAAGGUAUAAACAGUGAGUGAAGCAAGAGUAAUAAUAAAAUGCAAUUAACAAAAUUAAAUGUAUGCCACUGAUUGCAACAAGCAAAAUAUAAACAGCAAUAAUAAUACAUAUUAGCAGUUGCCGCCGGUUCAUAUUUUUAUAUUUAAGUUAUUAAAUUACAACAAAAUUGCAAUUUAAAAACACAGUAAAACACAGUAAGACAUGGAAAAGUAAUUAAUUAUCAUUAAAGAAAACAUAGGCAUUAGUGGCGAGUUUCUUAAGCUGCAAGGCUUUGAAUAAGAUAAUCAAAAAGAGGCGUUACAAACUAGGACGCUAGUUUUUUUAUAAUGCAGUAUAAUAGCGCUAUAAAGAAAUACCAUAAAAAAUACCUACACUGUCGUAUGUCCAUAUGUCCGCAAGAAUAUUCGCUUACAUAACAUAUAAACGAUUGUAUAUGCAUAUAAAGCUGGCGUGAAAAUGGCAUUUCCUUCUAUAUGUUUGCAAGAUAUGGAAUUUGGCUAAUGUGCGAUGGAGAGAUGUAUGCAAUUGCAUUGUACUAUAGAACUAUCUUUCGUAUAGACUGAUAUAGUCGAGUUUCGGUA